GUUCCAAAUAUAAAUGGCUUCCAACAGGGAGUCUCCUGACGAUGAUGGAUAUAAACGAAUUGCUGAAGACAUCCACAAUGUUUCCUACGGCUCUAAUGUCACAAAUCCCAUCGAUGAAAUGGGCAGCAGGUCGAGCCUUAGUCGAGAUGACAAUUCCGAGACUGACCACUGGGAGAUGAACUACCAUGAGGCGGCUAUUUUUUUGGAGGAAGGCGAAAACAAUGAAAAGUUCGACUCCCACCCCCGACACCCGUCAGCGUUACCUGCCUACCUCUUAGUUCACAACUCCUGGUACUACGGCCUUGACCUUUUAUUCUCGAUCAUCCUGUUGCUUUUGGCCAUCGUAGAGAACCCUUCGUUACAAAAAUUCGAAUUUCCUGUCGGAAUCCAUGGGACUUUGGAGCUGGUAGCUCUGGGUGUUAUCGGGGUAGAGCUGGCGCUUAAACUGAGAUGGAUAGGGUGGACUACUAUUUUGAGGCACAAGCGCACCAUGGUUAAGUGCAUAACGCUAACCAUAAUGGUCCUGGAAGCGAUCGCGGUCCUAAUCCGACAGUCGUCCCAUUUCCGCGUAACCAGAGCCCUACGACCCAUCUUCCUGGUAGAUACCAGGGCCUGCGGUGCCGUUAGGAGAUACAUAAGACAAAUUUUACAGUCACUACCGCCUAUAUUUGACAUGCUAGCCCUCCUUCUAUUCUUUGUCUGUAUCUAUGCUUUACUGGGAUAUUUCUUGUUUGGGGACUACGAGACGAACCUGUACUUUAAAACCUUAAGCGACAGCUUCGUUAGUAUGUUUGUCUUGCUAACCACUGCGAAUUUUCCCGACGUAAUGAUGCCGGCUUACGCCUACUCCAAAUGGAAUGCCGUUUUCUUCAUAAGUUACAUUUCAACGGUACUCUACGUACUUAUGAAUUUGAUGCUUGCCGUAGUGUACGAAACGUUCACGGGAAUCGAAAAGGAUAAGUUCCGCAAAUUGUUACUUCACAAAAGACAAGCCUGCAAACUCGCCUUUAGGCUACUAGUCAGCAAGCAGUCGCCGGAUAGCGUGCGAUUCAAGCAGUUCCAAGGGUUGAUGAGAUAUUACUCGCCGCAAAUAAGUCAAAGGGACGUCGUUUUAAUAUUCCGACAACUGAACGCGUCAAACACCGGUCUCCUAACUCAGGAUGAAUUUUUAAACAUCUACGAUGCCAUCACUUUGAAGUGGAGAAUUAAGGAUCCUCCCGAUCUAUGGUUUACAGCCGCGUGGCCACCGUUGAGGAUGUUUUGUCGUGCGGCAAGAACUACGGUUACCUGGAAGUAUUUCGAGCACAUUGUAUAUGUCUUGAUAAUAGCGAACGGUUUGGCGAUGUUGAUUCGGGUAAUGGAACCAGCGGAUUCAUUGCAAAGCGGUGCUAGAAACUUUUGCGCUUCGUGGGACACGUUUUUGUUUUUAUCUCUAUUCUCAGCAGAAGCAACUUUGAGGAUAGUAGGAUUGGGUUGGUCGGAGUAUAUUUCGUCGGGUUGGAACAUAUUCGAUCUCUCCGUUACGCUAAUGGCAACGGCCGGUUCUCUGCUGAUUCUGACAAAACCCACCGCAACUAUAGUUGUCGUCCUACGACCACUGAGGUUACUAAGGUUAUUUAAGUUGAAGAAGCGAUAUCGAGACAUCUUCGGCACGUUAGUGCUUCUAUCGCCACUGAUGUGGUCCACAGCCGUGGUAAUGAUGGUCAUGUACUAUUUUUUUGCCAUUAUCGGAAUGGAGUUGUUCUCGCAGUACGACCUGAGGAAUUGUUGUGUUAACUCCACGGUAGAAGACUUCUACAAGUACAGCUCCAACAGCAGCACCAGCGGCAUCGGGUAUUACUACUUAAACAAUUUCUCCAACCUAUUCGUAUCGGGGGUUACACUGUUCGAGUUGACGGUUGUGAAUAACUGGUUCAUAAUAAUGGACGCUUACGCUGCUGUCUCGCAUCCGUACUCGAGGGUCUAUUUCAUGAUGUUCUACCUCUUCACCAUGGUCGUUCUGACUAUAGUUGUCGCUUCGGUUUUGGAGGCGUUCCGGUUUAGGAUCCAGUACAAGAAACAGACCUCCAAAAGGGACGAGGAACAAAUGUUACACGAGGAAGUUGUCGUCGAUUGGAAUUCACUUCAGAGGCAGGUGCAGGAUGCGAAGCUGCUGGAAACGCUUCAAGUAGACUUCAUAAUAGGGGGCGUGGUGUCGUAUAUCGGAAGGAGGAGGAGAACGAGGGACGUUUUGCAGCGUCACAUGUACAUUACCGAGAUAUCUCAGUGGCUGCAAGACGCCGAGUUGGAAGAGAGAAAUGACAUUAACAGCAUAAUCGACGAGGCGCAGAUCAACGCACGUUUAAUCGCAGCUUAGACUUUCGCUAAACAGUAACAACUGCUUCCGCAGGCUUCGAGUGAAACUUUUUCCAGUAUUAUUUUAGCCUGUCUUUCUGUGUUAAUUUAUUUUAAAAGUUACCGUUAGGGUGAAACUUAGAGUGAUACGUUGAGAUUAUAGAUUAGUGUAGUUAAAUGUAAAUAGAUCCGAUGUAUAGGUAAUUUAUAUAAAAAUAGACCCGUUGGAAUAUGACCUAUGAUGGAAAGAAAGUGGGAGACCCGGCCCCUUUUUUUAAGGGGAUAUUCAGAACGAGGAGAAAAAAUUUAAAGCGUCUUACAUUGAAAGAUAGACACAAACACAUUCCAGUAAGGUUGUAUUUCCAAAGGUCAUAUACUAUAGCAAUAGCCAUCCGUUCCCCUCUUCCCCCUCCCGAUCCUACUAAAGAAUACGAUAUUCUCGUACGAAAGGGUAAUCUGUCUCAAAACUCAAGCAAAAUUAAAGAACGCCCUAUUUUUGAAAUAAUCAAGUAUCACGUAGUAACAUAGUUAUUUUAAUGUAUAAAUGUAGGAUAUUAAUUACACUAAAGCAGUAUUUAUUUUUUUUGUUAAUUUAUUAAAUUCUAGGUCUUGUAAGGAACGAUUUGUAUUAUUCCAAGUCUUAACAUAUUUUUAAACGGAAACAAACUGGAAAAUUUGUUUGCCAUUAAUUUUGUGUACAACGACAUUGUUAGGUGUCGAGGAUGCUAAAAGUAAUGGUAUACCGUUUCUUCUCCCACAUAACUACAAAUCACGGCUCAUGACAAUGCGAGUGGUCAUAGUUUGUAAAUGAGGCAUUUUCACGGGAUAGUUUGCAAGAAUUUUCAUGAUGCAAAAGAUUUUUGAAUGAAUUUGUAGAAAAAAAGAUUACAAUCGGGGCAGCCAACCUUGAGAUCUUGAAAAGGGUUGCACGUGUAAAUGCAAAAUAUAUUCUAUUUGAAAAACUAAUUUUUCUUUGUAUUUAAAUUUUAAUUCGGAAGUAAUGUACGAUUUUUCAAACUUCAAACGAUUAUGAAAAAAAAUAUUGCAAAUAUAUGUGAACCCUUUUAGAGAUUGGUCGCCCCCAUUUUUAUUUUUUAUUUCGCUAAUUUCAUAUGAAAUUUUUUCAUUGUGGUAGUUCUCUACUGUGUCUAGAAAUCACCCCCUAAAAUCAAACCACUUUCAUUUUCGUAAGUCAUCACUGGUACUGAUAUAUUUCUUGUGAUUUUUUUUUUCGUCCGCUAUUUAUAAUUUGAAAUUAGAGCAGCUAAUUAGUUUUGAAAAUACUGUCACUAUAUCUAAUAUGAAUAUGAUAUGAAAAUCGUGAAUGAAAAAAAUUGUGGUUAGAGCGUUAUAUUGUUCCAAUUUGAAGGUGUUAUAUUUUUACUUUAUAAGAAUAAUGUCAUUUAAAUCAGUGGCGGCUCGUGAUAUUGAGAAUAGG